AUGGAUUUACCAUCCAUCAAUCUAAUCACAGCAGCACCACUCAAUGAUGGUUUGUAUCGAUUGAAAAUCGUUUAUUCGCUUAUAGUACAAUAUUUGAAUUUAGUGGUACGUGAAUUACCUGUAUUGUCUUUGGCUAAUCCUGGAAUGGAACGCAUUGUUGAUAGUAGCACAGCUGAAUACACAUCCAUGUUACUUAACUGCCGUGAUGGUGCAUUAGCACAACAACUUGCGCAUAAACUUUCAAUUGUUGCCAAUACGGCUACAUCGAUUACACUUCGUCAACCGCCAGAUCCCGCAGCAACACCUCUGCAUGGAUUACCUCCACUAUUGCAAACCACUGCACAAUACAAUCCAAAUAUUUUCAGUGCAGCUUGUCUUCAGCCGCCAGCAGCAUUUGCACGUUCUUUUCAAUCACCAACAAAUUCGUAUUCCCACUAUCCCAAUGCACAUUAUCCGCCACAAAUUAGUCCAAACAAUAAUAAUUACAAUCAACCAACGACAGCGUCAGCAUCGCCUUAUUCUUCACGUGGUUUCAUGUCAACCACAACAUCUAUGCCAAAUCAAUCACCUGAUCCUCAAUCAAUGCUUUAUCCUCAGAAUCCAUCAGUCGCGCCACACCGGCCAACUCGUCCGACUGCUGUAGUACCACCGUUGCCAAAAGAUCCUGUUAUAUCCUCACCCAUGGGUUCGAUCCCGAGCACGUCAGCUCCAAUGACACCAUCCCCGUCGUUAUUGAACUAUCAACAAGUUUCGCCGCAAAAACCACCGAACUAUCAAAAACAUUCUGAUACAUCACAAUCACAUGAAAUCACGCACAAAAGUGUACAACCAGUGACGAAUAUCAAUGACACGAUGACUAAGAAAUCAACUCCAGUUCUGCAACCAGCUCAACCACAGCAGCAAGUGGAAAAGAUACGGAUCAAUCUUCAAAAAUUGCAACCAGAUGAACUGGCUUCCAUUCGAAACUCUUCACCUUCGAAACAACGUUCCAUGAAACCAAAUAUCUCGCAACAGUUAGAUCAUUUACCAUCAGACUUUACUCCCGAUCUAAUCAAAGAACUACUACAAGAUGGUUAUUCUCUUGAUAGCAAUGCAGGCGAACGUUUACUACGCCAACGCCGUGCAGCCAUCAGCAAUGCAGCGUCUUUGAACAAUUCGCCAAAGAAAAAACGGAUUCGGAGUUUAUCAACUGAAGACAAUGAAGACGAUAAUGAUAACAAUGACGAUGACGACACCAACGAUCUCGACAACGAUGAAGAACAACAGCCAUUGAAAAAGCGUAUCCGUCGAGCCAACGAUAAUCCACUAGCUAAUAACUCCACGAUCGAUGUUAUGAGUGCAUUGAAUAAGAAAACUCGAGAUCGUUUAGCACGCAAAGCUUUAGACAUCGAUGCUGAUCCGCAAGAGAAUACCUCCUAUCAGCGUUUCAUUCAAUUGUUAGAUAUAUUCAAUGAUGAUUAUGAUCGUCAUCACGAACAAUUAGAACAAACGCCUGAUGAUCACUAUCUGGAUUUAUUAUUGUCCGAUCAUACAUUAGAUGAAAUGGCUAUUUUAUCGGAAAAAUUGAAAUUGUCAACGUAUAUGUCGCGCAUUGAUCGUAUGAAAUUAAAGCGUCUGUUGGAAAUUUUAUCUUUACGAAUUAAACAAGGUGUCGAAAUGAGUCCGAAUCUUAAGCACGAUAUCAAUGAUGAACAAACGGACGAAGAAGAAGAACGAAUGUGGAGAGAUCUAGUAUUCGAACGGUUAACCAUGUGUGCGAACGCUUGUGAAAUUAGUCUAAAUAUAAUGACAACAGAUAAUAUGCCAAAAGAAAUUCUCAUUGAACAUGUCAUUGAACAUACAUCCUUAUUUAUCAAAGCGCAAUUGGCUAAAACAAUUUUUCCUGAAUAUGAUCCAUUGUAUCGUAAUGAUAAUCAUUCGAAAGAUCCAUCAUUGACGAAACAAAAGCGUUCGAAAGUAACCGGGACGAAAUGCAAACAAGUGCAAAUCCUUUAUAAUAAGAUAGUAUCGCUCUUCCAGGGAAUUACAGAUUUAAUGCCACUAGGCAAAUAUCCAGAUACGAUUAUUCUCGCUAUUUCCUCAUUUACUGUCAGUUGUAUUUAUGUUGAAAAUAUUGUCGAUCUUCAAGCACAUUCAUUACGCAUUCUCACUGAAUUGUUUUCUCGUUAUGAACAUCAUCGUGAUUCUAUACUUGAAGAUCUUCUACUCUCAGUGGCUCGUUUACCCACAAGUAAAAAGAGUCUUCGUUGUUAUCGUUUACCAUCCGGCGAAUCAAUCCAAAUGUUCACCGCAUUAAUCAUGCAUUUAGUUCAUGCACCUGUUACAUUAGCAUCCACGAUGAAUGUUAGCAUAACAGAUUCCACGAAUGAAAUUCAUCUGUUGAACACUUACUCAACCGCACAGAAUUUAGCAUUUAAAUUUUUAACUUUAUUUUUCCGUUCAUGUGGAACGAAACAAGGCGAAGAUGAUUACCGAAUUGUGUUUGAAAAUUUCCUAGCUGAUUUACUUGUCACUGCUAAUCGACCUGAAUGGCCUGCGUCGGAAAUUCUUCUAACGUUAUUAUCUCGAAUCUUAAUGACGAAUUUUUCCAACCAUUCGCUGCCAAUUAAUACACGCUUGCAAUCAUUAGAUUAUCUAGGUUCAGUGGCUGCACAAUUGCGCAAAGAUACAAUCGAUAACGACGUGUUGAAUUCGAAAGAAAACCAAGAAAAACUCGAUGCUAUUGUUUACAAAACUUUAACAAGCAUUGAGCUAGACGAAGAUAUGGUGGAGGUUUAUAAAACGGACCCACUACGUUAUCAUCGCAGUUUAGUUAUUUAUCUCAAUGAACUGAGUUUAAGCGAUCAAACCAGUCAAUAUGCGAAAAUGUUUCAUGUUGGCCAAUGGUUACGCGAUUUGAAUCUGACAGUGGAACGAUUAACCCAAACAUUAACACGACGAAUGAAGCCUGGACAAGCUGAGCUGGUCAAUGAAGAUGAUGUCGAUGAAUCAAUGAGCACCAAUUCGAAAGCUUCGAUUUCAGUCGAAGACGAAAUUGAUUUGAAAAAGAGCGAGAAAGUGACCAUUUUAAAAAUGUUAGCAUUACCGGAAACAGCUCGAAAGCAACAACGAUAUUCACUAGACAUUGAAUACGAUGAUAUUUGUUUACUAAUGCGUUAUUUAACAUCCAAUCGACCAUUUUUGAAAACCUUCGAUGUCUAUUUGAAACAAUUAGCUGCCAUAUUUCAAUCUGAAGCUGGUACAAACAUACGCAGCAAAGCAAUGAANGAAAAAAAAGAGCAAGAUGACGAAGAAGAAAAACUUUUGUAA